CAUUGCAUCGAGGCGCUGCGACAGAAUAUCAUGUGUACUGGAGAUUUAACGCCACUACCACUGACAUAUAUCAAUGGAAUCAUGCCUGAUUUCGAACAACCUCACACCUGCCGGGACUUCGAUAAGAUAGUUCAGUGGGCUAAGACAAGG